AUGGAUAAAGAGACUCAAGCAGUUUUCUUCCAACAAAUGUUUCCAAAUGAAUCCCACCAACGCAAGGGCCUCCUGCAGUUAUUGCUGUAUUUUAGAUGGAUCUGGAUUGGAAUUCUUAUAGUAAAAGAUGACAAAGGAGAAAAAUUCCUCCAGGAGAUGAUCCCCACAUAUUUGGAAUAUGGCAUCUGCAUUGAAUUCAUAGCAGAGUUACCAAACAUAGCUUUUUACAGUGAUUUUACUGAUACCAUAGAUGAAGGAUUACAUAUAUACCAUGUUCUCAUGAACAGCACAGCCAAUGUGAUAAUCUUAUAUGGUGAAACUCAGUCCUUAUCAGUUCUGAGAACUUUCCUCCAGUUUUCAGGAGGAUGUACCAAAGAAGAGAGUUACCUUUAUCUUUGUGUAAUGAUCCUUGUGAGACCGGACACAGCAAGGCCAAACAUAGAUGACUGCUCUCCAUGCCCAGAAGAUCAAUAUCCAAAUCCUGGCAAAAAUAUGUGCAUUCCAAAGCGGAUCACCUUUUUGUCCUAUGAAGAACGUUUGGGGAUCAGUCUGACUGGUCUUUCUCUUUGCUUUUCUUUAAUGAUAACUAUGGUAAUCACAAUCUUCAUGAAACACAAAGAAACUCCCAUCGUCAAAGCCAACAACCGGAAUCUCACUUAUACACUCCUAAAGGCAUAUCAGUCUGAUCUACUUCAAAGAUCUUGUUGCAGACAAAAGCAUUUGUACACAGAAAGAAGACACUCAUGGAAGAUGUUAGUAUUUGUGGAGUUGCUGUUAAUAGUAUUGCCUGAAGUGGUGUGCAAGAAUCCUAGCCUUCAAUGUGACUUGCAGGAGCCUCUUCCUAUUCAGCACACCUAUCAUCAGCUUGGAGACAUUAAUAUUGCUGGCAUUAUUUCUGCCUUCUUUGCAUCUUCUAAUUCCAUUGAUUUCAUUCAAGAUCCUUCUAAGGGAUUUCAUGAUGGAACUAUAAUAGUUUUUCAGAAUUACCAGCAUAUCCUGGCCUUAGCAUUUACUAUAAAACAGAUUAAUGAAAAUCCCCAGAUCCUAACCAACAUCACGCUGGGCUUCCACAUUUUUAACAGCAAUUUUAGUCCAAGCUGGACUUACUUUGCCUCAAUGGUUCUACCUUUAACUCAGAGAAAAUUCAUCCCUAACUACAAGUGUGGGAUCACAAAUACUUUGGCUGCAGUCAUUGGGGCACCUGACAUCUCUCUUCACAUGGCAAGUGUGCUGUGCAUCUACAAAGUUCCUCAGUUGACCUAUGGCUCUGCUCCAGUCAUGGAUAAACAGAGUCAAGCAGUUUUCUUCCAACAAAUGUUUCCGAAUGAAUCCCAUCAACGCAAGGGCCUCCUGCAGUUAUUGCUGUAUUUUAGAUGGAUCUGGAUCGGAAUUCUUAUAGUAAAAGAUGAGAAGGGAGAGAAAUUCCUACAGGAGGUGCUCCCCAUAUUUUCUGAACAUAGCAUCUGCAUUGAAUUCAUAACAGAGUUACCAAAUGUAGCUUUUUACAGUGAUUUUACUGACACCAUAGAUGAAGGAUUACAUAUAUACCACGUUCUCAUGAACAGCACAGCCAAUGUGAUAAUCCUAUAUGGUGAAACUCAGUCCAUAUCAGUUCUGAGAAGUUUCCUUCAGUUUUCAGAAGUGGAGGAUGUACCAAAGAAGAAUAAGAUCUGGCUUAUAACUGCCCAGACCGAUUACACUUCAGUUGCCGUUCAUAAAUUUUGGGAUAUCCAUUUUCUACAUGGUGCUUUAUCCUUUGCAGUUCACACAAGGGAGGUCCAAGAUUUCCAAGAAUUUCUUCAAAACUUAAAUCCAAACAACAACCAGCAUGAUUAUUUUCGAAAAGAGUUUUGGGAACAGGCAUUUGAUUGCUCCUUUUCAAACUCAAAAACCGAGACCUCUGAGAAGAAAUGUACUGGACAGGAGAGGCUUGAGACUCUUCCCACAUCUGUGUUUGAAACAUUAAUGAGUGGCCAAAGUUACAAUAUUUACAAUGCAGUCUAUGCUGUGGCACAUGCUUUGCAAUCUCUGCAUAUAUACAAAGCCAGAGGAACAACAGUGAUAAAAGAAAGAAGGAAACAUUUUCACAAUCAAGUGUGGUGGCAGGUUCAUUCUUUUCUGAGAAGUGUCAGAUUCAACAACAGUGUUGGUGAAAAGAUCUCCUUUGAUAAAAAUGGAGAGUUCAUUGGUGGAUUUGAUAUUAUCAACUGGAUCACAUUCCCAAACCAAUCCUUUGCUAGGGUCAAAGUUGGAACGGUAGAUCCCACAGCGCCAGCAGACAAGUUCUUCAAUAUUUCUGUAAAUUCCAUCACAUGGCCAGUAAGCUUUAACGAGGAGUUACCUAUAUCUUUGUGUAAUGAUCCUUGUGAGACAGGAUACAGCAAGGCCAAGAAAGAAGGAAAGCUGUUUUGUUGCUAUGAUUGCCAUCGGUGUCCAGAGGGGAAAAUAUCAAGGGAGAAAGACAUAGAUGACUGCUCUCCAUGUCCACAAGAUCAAUAUCCAAAUCCUGGGAAAAAUAUGUGCAUUCCAAAGCGGAUCAUCUUUUUAUCCUAUGAAGAACCUUUGGGGAUCAGUCUGACUGUUCUUUCUCUUUGCUUUUCAUUAAUGACAACAUUGGUAAUCACAAUCUUCAUGAAACACAAAGAAACUCCCAUCGUCAAAGCCAAUAACCGGAAUCUCACUUACACACUCCUAGUUUGUCUUCUCCUCUCUUUCCUUUGUGUCUUUCUAUUUGUUGGGAGGCCCAAUACGAUUGUGUGUCUCUUUCGACAACCAGCUUUUGGCCUCAUUUUUUCUGUGGCAGUUUCAUGUGUAUUGGCCAAAACCUUUCUUGUGGUUCUAGCAUUCAUGGCUACCAAACCUGGUUCCAGACUGAGGAAAUGGGUGGGGGGAAAGAUGGUCAGUUUCAUUCUAUUAUCCUGUUCCCUUGUUCAAAUAUGUAUUUGUGCUGCAUGGCUGAUAACAUCCCCACCAUAUCCAGAUAUUGAUGCAGAGACAAUGUCUGAAGAAGUCAUCUUGGAGUGCAAUGAAGACUCUGUCAUGUUCUACUGCGUUUUGGGCUUUAUGGGUUUUCUUGCUCUCCUUAGUUUCUCUGCUGCUUUUCUAGCUAGGAAUUUACCUGACAGUUUCAAUGAAGCCAAAUUCAUCACCUUCAGCAUGUUGGUCUUCUGCAGUGUUUGGUUGUGUUUUAUUCCAACCUAUCUAAGCACAAGGGGAAAAUAUACAUUGGCUGUGGAGAUCUUCUCCAUGAUCUCCUCCAGUGCUGGCUUAUUGGUUUGCAUCUUUCUUCCCAAGUGUUUUAUUAUUGUGAUGAGACCUGAACUGAACGAUAAACACCAGCUCAUGAAGAGAAAGUUUUAA